AUGGAGCCCCUCAGGAGACACGCGGCGGAGGGCAGCAGCCUACUGAGUGACAUCCUUCGCUGCCGCUUCUCCCAACGGAUGAACUACUUCAGGGAAUGGGUCACGGGCCCUCAAGCGAACGACCUGAGAGUCAAGGCAAUAUGUGAGGUGUACCCGAGCCUGUGUGAGGAUCCUGCCUACACCGAGGCGGUGUGUCGGGCCGCCUGCGCUAAUGUGGUGAAGGUGGCAACAGCGGAACUAGGGGUGGCGACGCCCCUCCUGCAGGAUCCCAGCCUGCAGGUGAAGGUGAUCCACCUAGUGCGCGACCCCCGGGCCCUCCUCGCCUCCAGGUACGAGGUGGAGCUCGGGAAGAUCAUCAGUAAGGUAGACGGCACGUUCUUCACGCCGGAAGACAAGAACGCCACGACCGUCUGCCGCAGGUACCGGCAGGACCUGGCCGCUGCUCGCUCCCUGCGCCGCCAGUACCCUCACAGGUACAUGUUGGUGAGGUACGAGGACCUGGCCUUGGACCCCCUGCGACAGGUGCGGGCCCUCUACGCCUUCGUAGACCUCCCCUACACCGUCCGCGUCGCCCACGCCGUCGCCAAACACACUCUCGGACUCUUCGUCUAUUAUUACCAAGUAGAUCCUUACUCGACCUUCAAGAAUUCAACGGCGACGGUGUUCGAGUGGCGGACACGUCUUGCCUUCGAGGAGGUGGAGAGGGUCCAGGAGGAGUGUGCGGACAUCCUGCAAGCUUAUGGCUACCACAGCUACCAUUCCCGCCUCCAGUAUGACGACCCGCGGACCUCUCCCUUACUCUCCCUGACCCCUGAAAUGUGGAGCCCUGAAACCACCUCCUCGUCCAGUGAUUAG